CACGCACGCACGCACGCACGCACCAUUUCGUCCUCUGUCUUCCCCACACCUUCUUGCAGACGUUCUGAGCCCUUCCGCCAUAGCCCAGAUGUCGACCGGGAGUUCGGGAUCGCCCAAGCUGGACGGUCGCUCGCAAGAUGGUAUCCCUGAUAUCCGCCAGCUUUUGGGCCGAUCGUCAGAUGGGCGCCAGGUUCGAGCAGACCAAAGCCUCUCCACAGCUCCGCCCUCAGAACCCGGCCCGAGCGCCUUGCCGGUUGAGGAGGAGCAGCCGAGCUUGGUUUCCUUCCUCUCGGCCCGCAAGCAUGACAUUCGACGGGGGCAAAUGUCCAAUCAGAACAGGCAGGUCCGGUCGAAUCUCUCCGAGUCCUCCCUGGCUGGUAUGCAGCCGGCUGCCCCGGGUGCUGCGGCGGUUUCCGCCGGGCCGAUUGCCGCGGUUGCCUCUGCUGUGCCAGCUGCGUCGGCAGCACCGGCCACUUCGACCCCGGCACCGAGUGCGCCAAGCAUCUCCGCCCCUUCGGAGCCGCCAGCCCACGCCGAGCGCCCAAUCGGCCCAUCUCCCCUGGAAGCACAACUUCGCUCGGUGCUGCUGACGAAUUCGUGGGCCAGCAACACAGCCGCCCCUUCGGCGGGAGGCACACCGCCGCUGCCCUCAUUGCCGCCCCUGCCGCCACUGUCUCAGGGAGGGGUCCCACGCGCAGCACCGGCUGCCGGAUUGCAUCCCACACAAUCGGGCGAGCCCGAGUCCCUGGCCGAUGUGGUUUCCAUGGAUGCGGUCGCCCCCUCGGGAAGCCCUUCACGUCGACCGGCUGGUCAUGUUGAUCCACCGGGGCCCACCAAGCGCGCGGUUCCGGCCGCCAAUCCGGCCGCCCCGAGCACGCGCUUCCCCACCCUCCCCGCGCACUUGGACACGGUGAAUAUCCCGGCGCGCGCGUCCCCCUUGUCGGCGGAUCCCUUCUAUGCGAACAUCAAGCCCCGGGUUUAUCCCUCGGGCAGUGGCGCGAGCGCGCCGGCUCCCCCGACUCCGGCCCCACAUCCGGCCACCUACAACUCCCUGCCCUCCUCCGGGGCGGCUGGCCUGGUGACACUGUCGCCAGCCCGCCCGGGUGUCCAGCUGACCCGCUCGGCGUCGCCGCACACGCCGCUCAUCGCCCCGCCGGCUGGCGCUGCUCGCGGAAUAACGGGAGCUCCCGCGCCAGCCGCCGAUGCCGCCAUUCUCGGGUCUCUCAUUGCCCACUGGGACAGCGAAGCACGGGAGGCCGUGUCGAAUGUCAUCCCCACAUAUCAGAAGAACCUCCUGGAUACGAUGCUGGUGUUUGAGGCCCGUGUUCACUCGGAUCGGGCGCUCUUCCGAUCGCUGCUCCUGUCAACCACGGCGCCGGAGGCCGACACGCCCGAGUCCGGGGACGGGCUACUUGGGGCAGUCAAUUUGGCCGUCGAGCGUCUUUCCUCCCUCCUGUCGCGUGUGGAGGUGGAGCACCUCCGGAUUUCCUCAACCGCCGCGGACUUGGUGAGCAAAAUGUCCCUGGCACAGGACCUCCUUCCGGAAACCGGCACCGGGUACCAUGAGUCCUCCUUCAAUGGGGGAGCCAGUGCUGGGGCUCAUGUGUCUUCCCUGGCGAGGCUGGCUCGCGUGGAUGCCCUGCUCGACGAGGCGGACAACGAGCAGGACCGCUCGUCCCGUGCCUUCCGCGACCAUGGGUGGCUUUUCCUUUCCUGGAUUCUCCGUGCCCUGGCAUAUGGCAUCUGGGCCACCGAGAGGACCAUCUUCUAUGCGGUGCGGGCGAUGCGCCCGACGCCGGGGGGGGCCUCAACAACCGCACGGACAUCGGGGGCCUCAGCGGGGUUCGGCUCGGCCGGGCCUCAGCCGACUUCGCUGCUCAGUGAAUUCCUCACAUCGCCGUCCACUCCCGUGACGUCGGGAACAGCAGGGCUGGCCGAUGGGCUGGGUUUCGUGUCGCCUCGGUCCUUCGGGUAUGAUCUGCCGGCUGAUCCGGCCGGGCCGGGGGAGUCCCCGGCCUCCUCUUCGCCCGAGGCCACCCCCGAGAAGGGAUCACGGCAUUCGCGCGCGGCCACGCCCCUGCCGGCCGGGGAGUCGCCGUUUGAUUUGCUCCCGGAGCCGGCAUCUCUUGGACUGGCGCAGGGCGAUGGCAGCCAUGUGUCCCUGGGGGGGGGCGUCCGCUCGGCCGGUGGGUCGCCCUCGCCCGCGGGCCCAACAACCCCGACGCCGGUUGGCGCCGCUGGGCGGAUUCUCAAUCGCCGGCGUCGGCUGUCCUCGGUGUCGAUGGCGUCGCGCUCGUCGCUCGACUCGCCGGAUACCAUGUCGCCGCUGCACGCCCGCCUGGCCUCGGAGGAGGAGGAGGAUGCACAGCUGAACCCCACCGGCAUGUCUUCCCUCUCGCGGUCAUACUCGCUGUAUGCAUCACCGUUGUUCGGGGGCACCAGUCCGGCGGCUGGCAGUCCCGCCGGCAGCGGAUACUCCCCCAUGAUGCAUGGACAGGGCUCGCACCUGGCCGGGGCAUUUUCCUCCUCGCUGUCGGUUUUGUCACCGUCGACGGUGGGCGGCACGCGAUCCGGAUCGCCGGCUGGCGUGGAGUACCUUUCGCCGCUCGGGAGCAGCCGGGCGGCGGCCCUUCACAGUUCAUACAUGCGACGGGCAUCGUCUUUGUCCACCGGCCUGUCGACCCUGCUAAGUGGAUCUUCACCAGGGCUCGAGGCGGCAGUGGCCGGGAUCUCGGGCCCGAGCGGCCUGUCCCCGGUGUCCAUGGGUGGCAGCGGCACGCACAGCCCCUCGGUCGGUGCCUUUGCUUUGGGAGGCGCCGCGGGAAGCCCGAGCCUCGGGUCGGGUGGGUCGUCCUCCGAAUCAACGCCUCUGCUGGAGGGGGUGCUCCUACGUCGCCAAACGGCCCAGGCACGGCAGUCGUCGUCCCUGCGGUCUCCGCUGACACUGGUCAGCGAGUAUGACGGCGGGGAUGUCGACUCGGACUAGGGGGCAGCCGAUCUGCCCUCUCCCGAUGCUCUGAUACCGGCAGGAAAUGCCACGUCAAGCGGGGGGAGAGGGGGGAAAAAAAAGCCUUGUCAGGAUUGUA